GGUGCAAACGUCGUUUGACAGCCGAAGCUAUAUCCGGCCCACGAAAGACGAAACGGGUCCUUUUUCAAGCGUACGCCAUUGCUGGCGUAUGGUAGUUUAUUUUGUUGAGAGAAAAAUCAAAAACCAUCCAAUAUGGUGAAUUUUACGGUAGACGAGAUCCGUGCCAUGAUGGACAAGAAGCGGAACAUCCGCAACAUGUCCGUGAUAGCGCACGUCGACCACGGCAAGUCGACGUUGACGGAUUCGCUGGUCUCAAAGGCCGGUAUCAUAGCCGGCGCCCGUGCCGGUGAAACCCGGUUCACCGACACCCGAAAGGACGAACAAGACAGAUGCAUCACCAUCAAAUCAACAGCUAUCUCUAUGUUCUUUGAGUUAGAAGAGAAAGACUUGGUAUUCAUCACAAACCCUGACCAACGUGAGAAGAGCGAGAAGGGUUUCUUGAUCAACUUGAUUGACUCCCCUGGUCACGUUGACUUCUCAUCUGAAGUGACAGCCGCUCUACGUGUAACUGAUGGUGCUCUCGUGGUUGUCGACUGUGUCUCUGGUGUGUGUGUACAGACAGAGACUGUACUGCGUCAGGCUAUCGCCGAGCGCAUCAAGCCAAUUCUAUUCAUGAACAAGAUGGACCGAGCCCUGCUCGAGCUGCAGUUGGAGUCUGAGGAGCUAUACCAGACCUUCCAGCGUAUUGUUGAGAAUGUCAACGUUAUCAUUGCCACAUACAAUGACGAUGGUGGUCCAAUGGGUGAAGUGCGUGUGGACCCCAGCAAGGGUUCCGUGGGCUUCGGCUCCGGCCUCCACGGCUGGGCGUUCACCCUCAAGCAGUUCUCCGAGAUGUACGCCGACAAAUUCAAGAUCGACCUCGUCAAGCUCAUGAACAGACUCUGGGGAGAGAACUUCUUCAACGCCAAUACAAAGAAGUGGUCCAAGCAAAAGGACAGCGACAACAAGCGUUCAUUCUGCAUGUACGUGUUGGACCCCAUCUACAAGGUGUUCGACGCUAUCAUGAACUUCAAGAAGGAGGAGAUCGACGGUCUGCUCAAGAAGAUUGGCGUCACUCUCAAGCACGAGGACGCUGACAAGGACGGCAAGGCUCUUCUCAAGGUGGUGAUGCGCACAUGGCUGCCGGCCGGAGAAGCCCUGCUUCAGAUGAUUGCCAUCCACCUGCCGUCCCCGGUGGUGGCCCAGAAGUACCGUCUCGAGAUGUUGUACGAGGGACCCCAUGAUGACGAGGCCGCCAUUGGUAUCAAGAACUGUGACCCCGAAGCACCACUGAUGAUGUACGUGAGCAAGAUGGUGCCGACGUCCGACAAGGGACGUUUCUACGCGUUCGGCCGCGUGUUCUCAGGGAAAGUGGUCACCGGACAGAAGGCCCGCAUCAUGGGACCCAACUUCCAGCCUGGCAAGAAAGAGGACCUGUACGAGAAGACGAUCCAGCGCACGAUCCUGAUGAUGGGUCGCUACGUGGAGGCGAUCGAGGACGUGCCGUCCGGCAACAUCUGCGGGCUGGUCGGCGUCGACCAGUUCCUCGUCAAGACCGGCACCAUCACCACAUUCAAGAACGCACACAACAUGAAGGUGAUGAAGUUCAGCGUGUCGCCCGUGGUGCGCGUGGCUGUGGAGCCCAAGAACCCCGCCGACCUGCCCAAACUGGUGGAGGGCCUGAAGCGUCUGGCCAAGUCGGACCCCAUGGUGCAGUGCAUCAACGAGGAGUCUGGAGAACACAUCGUGGCUGGUGCCGGAGAGCUGCAUCUUGAGAUCUGUCUCAAGGAUCUGGAGGAGGACCACGCUUGCAUUCCAAUCAAGAAGUCCGACCCGGUGGUGUCCUACCGUGAGACCGUCAGCGAGGAGUCUGACCAGAUGUGCCUGUCCAAGUCCCCCAACAAACACAACCGACUGUUCAUGAAGGCUCAGCCCAUGCCCGAUGGCUUAGCUGAGGAUAUUGACGAUGGCAAGGUGAACCCCCGCGACGACUUCAAGACGCGCGCGCGCUACCUGUGCGACAAGUACGAGUACGACAUCACGGAGGCGCGCAAGAUCUGGUGCUUCGGGCCCGAGGGCACCGGGCCCAACCUCAUGGUCGACUGCUCCAAGGGCGUGCAGUACCUCAACGAGAUCAAGGACUCCGUGGUGGCCGGCUUCCAGUGGGCCGCCAAGGAGGGCGUCAUGGCCGAGGAGAACUUGCGUGGGGUGCGCUUCAACAUCUACGAUGUCACGCUCCACACUGACGCUAUCCACAGAGGUGGCGGCCAAAUCAUUCCAACGACGAGGAGAUGCCUGUACGCCUGCAUGCUGACCGCCGCGCCCCGGCUCAUGGAGCCCGUGUAUCUCUGUGAAAUUCAGUGCCCGGAGGUGGCGGUGGGCGGCAUCUACGGCGUGCUGAACCGGCGCCGCGGACACGUGUUCGAGGAGUCGCAGGUGGCGGGCACGCCCAUGUUCGUGGUGAAGGCCUACCUGCCCGUCAACGAGUCCUUCGGCUUCACCGCCGACCUGCGCUCCAACACCGGCGGCCAGGCCUUCCCGCAGUGCGUGUUCGACCACUGGCAGAUCCUGCCCGGCGACCCCUGCGAGCCCAGCAGCAAGCCCUACGCGGUGGUGCAGGAGACAAGAAAACGGAAAGGAUUGAAGGAGGGUCUGCCCGACUUAAAUCAAUACUUGGACAAAUUGUAAACGACAUAACUGUACUGUAAUAUAUGUAACAUUAUCGAGCGCCUCCCGCACUAAACAACGUUGUUUUAUUAUAAACAAAUUAUUUUUGACACCAUACGAGCUAUGUUUGAGCCUCAUUUGUUUUGUAAGUGCCGCAAGCGAGAGAAUAAUAAAUAUUGCUGGUCGAUAUACAUACCGCAUUGUUAAUAUUACCAUGGUGAUGCACGUUUGCGCGCAGAAAGACUGUUUUCGCAAAAUGUCAAUUUUGCACAAAUGAUGAUUCCGCGAAAUGCCAACUUCCCCAACGCGAUGAAUAUUUUUCUUUAUAAAAUGAUAUGUAAUUUGGAUUUCCUUAGAAGUUGGCAUUCGGCGUAUUUGUCGUUUUGCUAAGUUGUCAUUCCGCAAAGUUUCGUUCCGCGCCUAAACGGGUAAUGCUUACAAUAAUGUAUCACUAUUACAAUAAAUACGAUAUUAUUAUCCCGUCAUUGGUAAGAAUUGUUAUCAUUAUGUAGUUGGGAACACAGGACUUCUUUACUUAUACUGUAAUUAAUUUUUAAAUUAUAAUUUUUCUAUUGUAAA